AUGGAGGAAGAAGUGGAGUUGGUCGAUAUUCCAAGUGAUAGUGACUCUAUUGAUGACUUAUGUGUUUCUGAUAUUGAUGAUGAUUUGAACAUUAGGGAUAAACGAAAUGAAGCUACUAAGCAGAUUAGUUCUGCUAUCUUUGAUGAAGAAGAUUCUGCAGACAAUGUCUCAGAUAGUGAUGAAAAGUGGGUAAAAUCAGGAAAGAGGAAAAGGGAUGCUCCCUUUACUAGAAAUGUUGGACCUAAUAUUCCCGAUAAUGUCAAAAAGCCAUCAGAAAUAUUUCUUUGCUUAUUUUCCGAUGAUUUGCUUGACUUGAUUGUUCAAGAAACAAAUCGUUAUUUGCAACAAAAGGGAUAUAAACAACCACCCACUACUAAAGAAGAAUUGUUGAUUUUCUUGGGCAUUUAUAUUUUAAUGGGUGUUAAAAAUUCUCCUUCUUAUCGGGAUUACUGGUCUGCCAAUCCGCAACUAAAUGAUCCUUACAUAAGUUCGUUGAUGUCUGUUGUUAGAUUCCGAUUUUUUCUUGGUUGUUUACACAUCACCGAUAACAGUACAGAACCAAAAAAGGGUAAUGCGGCUUAUGACAAGUUAUAUAAAUUGCGGCCUUUUCUAGAUAAGGUGAAUGAAAAUUUUAAAAAAAAUUUUAUGUCAAAUAAAUACCAAACUGUCGAUGAAUCUAUGAUAAAAUGCAAAGGUCGUAGUAGCAUGAAACAAUACAUGCCACUCAAACCUAUAAAACGGGGAUAUAAGUGCUGGGUUCGAGCAGAUCCAUCAGGUUAUGUAUGCUAA